AAUGCGUCAUAGAGGGCGGGCGGCGACGGCGGUGGCGGCGUCGGAGGCGCCUCCAGGGGACGGUGGCGGCGCCCGGCGGUGAGGCCGCGCCUGUCCAGGGAUCGUCGGGGGACGGCGGGAGCUUGGGCCGGCGGCGGCGGCGGCGGCCUGGGACGCAGGCGGAGCCCCGCGCAGGCCCAAGGUCCCGGAGGCUAUGGCAGCGGCUACCAUCGUGCACGACACGUCUGAGGCCGUGGAGCUCUGCCCCGCGUACGGCUUGUACCUGAAGCCCAUCACCAAGAUGACCAUCAGCGUGGCGCUCCCGCAGCUGAAGCAGCCGGGGAAGUCCAUCUCCAACUGGGAGGUGAUGGAGAGGCUGAAGGGCAUGGUGCAGAACCACCAGUUCUCCACGCUGCGUAUUUCCAAGAGCACCAUGGACUUCAUCCGCUUCGAGGGGGAGGUGGAGAACAAGAGCCUGGUCAAGUCUUUCCUGGCCUGCCUGGACGGCAAGACCAUCAAGCUCAGCGGCUUCUCCGACAUCCUGAAGGUGCGCGCGGCCGAGUUCAAGAUCGACUUCCCCACCCGCCACGACUGGGACUCCUUCUUCCGCGACGCGAAGGACAUGAACGAGACCCUGCCGGGGGAGCGGCCGGACACCAUCCACCUGGAGGGGCUGCCCUGCAAGUGGUUCGCCCUGAAGGAGUCGGGCUCCGAGAAGCCCAGCGAGGACGUCCUGGUCAAGGUGUUUGAGAAGUUCGGGGAGAUCCGGAACGUGGACAUCCCCAUGCUGGACCCCUACCGGGAGGAGAUGACGGGCCGCAACUUCCACACCUUCAGUUUCGGGGGGCACUUGAACUUCGAGGCCUACGUGCAGUACCGCGAGUACGUGGGCUUCAUCCAGGCCAUGAGCGCCCUGCGCGGGAUGAAACUCAUGUACAAGGGCGAAGACGGCAAGGCCGUGGCCUGCAACAUCAAGGUUUCUUUUGAUUCGACCAAACAUCUGAGUGAUGCCUCAAUUAAGAAGCGUCAGCUGGAGAGGCAGAAGCUUCAGGAACUGGAGCAGCAAAGAGAAGAACAAAAGCGCAGAGAGAAGGAAGCGGAGGAGAGGCAGCGAGCGGAGGAAAGGAAACAGAAGGAGCUGGAAGAGCUGGAGCGAGAGAGGAAAAGAGAAGAGAAGCUUCGCAAGAGGGAACAGAAGCAGAGGGACCGUGAGCUGCGCCGGAAUCAGAAGAAGCUGGAGAAGCUGCAGGCGGAGGAGCAGAAGCAGCUGCAGGAGAAGAUCAAGCUGGAGGAGCGCAAGCUGCUGCUGGCGCAGAGGAACCUGCAGUCCAUCCGGCUCAUCGCCGAGCUGCUCAGCAGAGCCAAGGCUGUGAAGCUACAGGAACAGGAGCAGAAGGAGGAGAAGCUGAGGCUCCAGCAGCAGGAGGAGCGGCGGCGGCUGCAAGAGGCCGAGCUGCGGCGGGUGGAGGAGGAGAAGGAGCGCGCGCUGGGCCUGCAGCGGAAAGAGCGGGAGCUGCGCGAGCGGCUGCUGAGCAUCCUGCUGAGCAAGAAGCCGGAUGACAGCCACGCACACGACGAGCUGGGCGUGGCACACGCCGACCUGCUGCAGCCCGUCCUGGACAUCCUGCAGACCGUGUCGUCUGGCUGUGUGAGCGCCACCACGCUGCACCCCCUCGGGGGCCAGCCCCCUUCCAGUGCCCCCAAGGAGACCCCGGCCCACCCAGAGGCCGACGGCGCCCCCAAAAGCGUGAACGGGAGCGUGGCCGAGGAGGCCCCGUGCAAGGAGGGUCAGAGCUCCUGUCGUGUGGCCCCCGAGGAUGGCUCUCCAGAGAAGAGGUGCCCGGGCGGCGUCCUCUCGUGCAUUCCUGACAACAACCAACAGGCCAAGGGCAUCCCUGCCUGCGAGCAGAAUGUCUCCAAAAAGGACACCCGGUCGGAACAGGACAAGUGCAACCGGGAGCCCAGCAAGGGCCGGGGCCGGGCCACCGGAGACGGGCUCGAUGACCGGCACACGCGGGAGAGGAGCCGGGCCAGGCAGGCCGGCAGCAGGGAGGACGGGAGGCCACGCAAGGAGCGGCGGCCCCACAAGAAGCACGCCUACAAGGAUGACAGCCCCCGCCGGCGCAGCACGAGCCCGGACCACACCCGGUCCCGGAGGUCCCACAGCAAAGACAGGCACCGGAGGGAGCGGAGCCGGGAGCGGAGAGGCAGCUCCAGCAGGAAGCACAGUCGCCACCGCCGCCGAAGCGAGCGGUCGCGCUCCCGGUCCCCGAGCAGGCACCGCAGUACCUGGAACAGGUAAUGACGGACACGGCCUCCCCACGGCCUGUCCGGGAAAGACCAGGACCUGCUCGAGCGUCCUGGCCGCUCCUUGGCCGCUCUCCGUCCACCCCUGCAAAGCCAAGACCCUUCUCCAGCCACGAAUGUCCGAGGAGCCCGCUGGCAGGAAGGAAGACACCAUGCUUUAGAGAUCCAUCUUUCUCCACUCACCACAGCAUACUUGGCACUUCAGUUUCAAACACGUAGUCCUUUAAAACUUGAUCCGAUAGCUUUAAUGCGGCCAGUCCUCUCUCAGUCAGGAAAAUUGCACAGACCGACAGUCGUGAGGAUGGCAGAGCUGCUGCAUUCCCCCACACGGGGAUUUCUGUGUCUGCUUGGCAACCUCCCCACGUGCACGGCCUAGGAGGUGCACGUAACGCGGCAGGGGAGACUCAUCCAAAGGUGUGGGCCACCAGAAUCACACCAGCACUAAAAAGAAAAAGCGUUGCCCUGGUGAUUUCCCCCCCCGUUUGUAAUUUUAACUGAUCGGGAAAUGCAGUUUGGGUGGGAUGCCGAAUCGUCAUGCUGACAUUGAGUCACGGGUGAGGGAGGUACAAGUCCUUUAAGAUCAAAACUCAAACGGGCCGUUCUUUCUAAGGUGUCGGUAUGUGGGGAGUGGUACAAAAUGGUCUGAUGCUCCUUAACUUCAAAAACAUUCACUUUUUACAACUUCAAGGAAUUAAGCAUAAAAAAGAUUGGUUAAAAGCUUUGGUUUCUAGUAAAGGUUAGUGUGUGUGGUUUUUUUAAGAAGCUGUUUUGCUAAAUUAUUUUUACUUGGAAUGUUUCAAACAGAUUUCAGGCUGCAAACUUGUUAAGUUUUAUAAUCGUUUGCUUCUCCAAGUGAAGCUCAGAAAUACUUAAAAAUAGCUGUAACGUUUGCGUUAGGAAAGAUGGUGUUUAUUCCAGUUUGCAUUUUUAUGGUGAAAUAAAAUCCUUUUCCAAUGAACUAAAA